AGAACGAACUAGCAGGGAGCGCACAUUUAUCAACAGUAGAAACAAGGGGAGGUGACCAGCUAGUAAAACAAAGCAGCGCUUGUUCCAAGGAACAUCUGAGCUGCCUCGAUAAUUCGGGGGAAAUCAAUAGAAACGCAAAUCACAAGGUGGACAGUCCGCUGCCUGGUCACUCGUGGUAACGCCCCGCUAUGCCUUUCCCCUUUGGCAAAUCCCACAAGUCACCGGCGGACAUCGUCAAGCACCUUAAGGACAGCAUGACUGUGCUAGAGAAGCACGACAUCUCAGAUAAAAAGGCAGAAAAGGCUGCGGAGGAGGUGUCAAAAAGCCUGGUGGCCAUGAAGGAGAUCCUGUAUGGGACUAAUGAAAAAGAGCCACAGACGGAGGCAGUAGCUCAGCUAGCUCAGGAGCUCUACAACAGUGGCUUACUCAGCACCCUGGUAGCAGACCUGCAGCUCAUUGACUUUGAGGGUAAAAAAGAUGUAGCACAGAUCUUCAACAACAUCCUGAGGCGCCAAAUUGGCACUCGGACACCAACUGUAGAGUAUCUUUGUACACAGCAGAAUAUCCUCUUCAUGUUGCUUAAAGGGUACGAGUCUCCAGAUAUUGCCCUAAACUGUGGCAUCAUGCUGAGGGAGUGCAUCAGACACGAACCACUGGCUAAAAUCACGCUUUGGUCGGAGCAGUUCUACGACUUCUUCAGAUAUGUAGAGAUGUCCACGUUCGACAUCGCCUCAGAUGCGUUUUCCACUUUUAAAGAUCUCCUCACAAGACACAAGAUUCUGAGUGCAGAGUUUCUGGAGCAACAUUAUGACAGAUUCUUUAGUGAAUAUGAGAAGUUACUCCACUCAGAAAACUACGUCACUAAACGGCAGUCGCUCAAGCUACUGGGAGAGUUGCUUCUUGAUCGGCACAAUUUCACCAUAAUGACGAAGUACAUCAGCAAGCCAGACAAUCUCAAACUGAUGAUGAAUUUGCUAAGAGACAAGAGCCGCAACAUCCAGUUUGAGGCGUUCCAUGUUUUUAAGGUGUUUGUGGCCAACCCCAACAAGACGCAGCCUAUCCUGGACAUCCUGCUGAAGAACCAGACCAAACUCAUCGAGUUUCUCAGCAAGUUCCAGAACGACAGGACAGAGGACGAGCAGUUCAACGACGAGAAGACGUACCUAAUCAAACAGAUCAGGGACCUGAAGAGGCCUGCACCCCAGGAGGCCUGAGAGCGUGUACAUGUGCAGGACUGAGCCAUCAGUACCAGGUCUGGACCACAUCCAGACCAUGUGUACUUAACGGACCCAUCAGCAGCAGCAUUUCUGCUUUUUCGAACAAAAACUGAGGAACAAAGAAAAACAAGAAAACUCAUCAACUUGCCAGGAUGUUUCAAGCCCAUCUGCUCCUCGAGAUUAGUUUUUUUUUCCUUUGUUUUUACUUAAAAAGAAAUAAAUAAAAAAAAUAGUAGUUGCUGCUGCUUUCUUGCACAUGAAGACAUUAAAGGUAUAUUAUUUUAACCCAACAGUCCAUGAAACAAUGUGAAAUAAAAUGCCCAUGCAUUGAAUUAAGGCAGGCUCGGAUGCAAUAAGCAUCACCCGAGGUCUCCGUAAGGCGUGAAUUCACGCGCACGCUGCAGGAAUGUCGCUUAGGACGUUGUGUGGAAGUGGUACGAGCACGACGAACUGAUUGUUGCAUGCUGUGAAACGUGACGGAUCCACGGCUGUACUCGGUGUGGGCGCUCUCACGGAGAGUCUGGCUCUCACCUUUUAAUGUCACAGACUCGGACGUCUGCGCAUCACAGCAACCGCCACAGUUUCCAGUAAUUAAUUUUACAGCGAAAAGCUGUGAUGCCACCACGCAGAAGCAUGUACCUCCUCCGUGCUUUGUUGAGAGGCAGCACUUAAAGCACAUACGAAAGUGGGGGAGGGGUGUACGGUAUCAGUUAAUUAAAACCCAGGGUUUGGGUCUUUUUUUUUUUUUUUUUUUUCUGGGACAGGGUGAACAUGUACAUAUGCCUUUUUUUUCCUUUUUGCUCUAUAGAUUUUUGUUUAACUUUGGCUAAUGAACAUAUUAUAUAUAUUACCUUAAACAAAAUGUUUUUGGUUAUUUGUUAUCAAGUUACUUUCUAAACCAUAAGAGAAGUGACAUUGUGCAUUUCAUUUAGUGCUGAAGUGAUUGCUGGUGGGUUUGUUUGUACAUAAAGCGCCGGCUCACGUUUAGCUUAACCUAUAGGAAUAUUAACAAUUUGUACAGCAGAAGAAUGUCAUGGUAAUAAUAGCUCUGGGUCUGUUCAUCUUAACACAUCGUACAUUUUGAGUAACUGCUGAAAAUGUGCAGGAGAGCAGCGCCUUCAACUCAAACGUUGACGCCUGUGUGGUUGCACUUUGUGACAUGCUGGGUGAUUGAUUUCAACUGACUUGUGGUCGGCGUGGUGAGAAGUUUACCCCCAGUUUUCAGUUGUUUACCCCCUCCCGCCUCAUUUUCACCACCCUGGUUAGGGACUUCAGAGUGCCAUGUUGCCCCACAGUUUGUGUGCUUUAGGUGGGACCUGAUUAUGAUUUCGAGAAAUUGGUAAUUCUAUCUUUACCGUGAACAUUUUGUUGCAUUUGAGUCUUCUGCAGAGGGUUGUAAUUCCAGUACAAUGGUGAGUGUAAAGCAUUGUGGGUAGCAGAGUGUUUUGGGUGUGUUAGAUCUUCUCCAUAAAGCAGACAAAAGCUGACGGAAGAGAUUUUCUUCAUUCUCAGCGCAGAGCGACACAUUUUAAUCAAACUUAAAACAGUCUGAGGGUAGAUGACACUAAGAGCCCGGUGUUCCUCCAUCCACAUUCAUCAGGCAUGUUCCUCCACUGACUGCAUGAUGCUAUACUAAAAAUAUUGUACUGGAAUUGUUUCCGUUUACCCUCCAAGCAUUAAAAAAACCAUUGAACUAGCAUAUAGACGUCUUGGCUGUGGCUGUAUGCUGAUGUUUAACUCCAGUUUCAGCAAAGAGUGUGUGGGUGCUUUCAGAUGUGUCAAAGGCCUGGGCCCAACUAUUAAAAUAAAAACAUUUGGGACUAAAA